UCUAACAUAAUAGGCUGGGAAAUUGCAGUAAAUUGAGUCGAUGUCUGGAAAUUCUAUACUCGAGCAAUAGUCAAGGAGGGCGAGCCAAAUGACAGUCUCCUAUGCAGCUGAAGUGGCCCAGUGUACUGGAUUUGGGUGUUUCCCAAAACUUCUACUCAGGUGGCGUGCCAGCAUCUAUAAACUUAUAUGGCUGGACCUAUGCAUAUAUCUAAGCAUUUACUAUGCCCUCAAUUUCACCUAUCGCUUCUACAUGAAUGAAUCACAAAAGCAAUUUUUUGAAACAAUUGUCGUUUAUUGCUACAGCAGCAUAUCGUUGAUUCCCAUUAUGUUUGUGUUGGGAUUCUAUGUCUCUGUCGUUGUAAAACGUUGGUGGGAACAAUAUAUGACCCUGCCCUGGCCAGACAGUACUGCCGUCUAUGUCUCAUCGCUGAUUAGGGGCCAGGAUGAUAAUGGUCGUAAGAUGCGCCGCACUAUAAUGCGUUAUGUGUGCCUGAGUCUCACCAUGGUACUGACGAGAAUAUCACCGCGUGUCAAGAAACGCUUUCCAACCCUGGACCAUUUGGUCGAUGCCGGUCUUUUGGUGGAGAACGAGAAACAAAUCUUAAAAUCUAUGAAUGAAAAAUUUGCCAAACAUCCAAAGCACUGGAUGCCCAUUGUCUGGGCCUCGGCAAUUGUGACAAGGGCACGUAAAGAGGGAAGAAUCCGUGACGAUUCGUCGCUGAAAACUUUGAUAGAUGCUUUGAAUAGCUUUCGUGAGAAGUGUAUGGUUUUGACAUUCUACGAUACCAUGAGCAUUCCUUUGGUUUACACCCAGGUGGUGACCUUGGCGGUAUAUACCUUCUUUUUGGCUUCAGUUUUUGGGCGCCAAUGGACGGGACAAACAGAUCCCGAUGGUAUUAUGAACAUUGUAGAUUAUUUCUUUCCCAUAUUUACGGUAUUGGAAUUCAUGUUCUUCAUGGGUUGGCUGAAGGUUGCCGAGUCACUUAUAUGUCCUUUUGGCGAGGACGAUGAUGAUUUUGAGUUGAAUUGGUUAAUUGACCGUAAUUUGCAAGUUUCCUAUCUCAUUGUUGACGAAAUGCAUAAUGAACAUCCGGAGCUUUUGAAGGAUCAGUAUUGGCAAAGUUUUUACCAAAAGCAAACUGGGGAUCCGCCACUACAUUCUACGGCAAAAUUGGGUGAAACUGAAUCAAGGAAUACAUUGCUUAGUGGCAACAUUUUGGAUUCUCUUACUAAUUUCUUUUUGAAGCGUGGCAGCAAAACAAAUUCACAAUAUGAUGAAAAUGUGAAGGAAUUGGAAUCUACCAUAAAGCAAUACUUUGAUGAUGACAAGUUUAAAAUAUUCCAUGAUUCAGAAGAAAGAAAUACAAAUUUAAACUUAAAAACCAGUAGCAGUGAAUGUAGAGCCUCAUCGCCAAGCAUAAAUGACAGUCCUGAUGAAUUUGAACAGCUCAAGUCCAAGAGAGCUGAGGAAAGACUUCAAAGGAAGCAUCUAAUUCUUACAAUACCAAGUGUCAAAAUAUCUGACACCGAUCGAAAGUCUCAGAUCUCUGAGACAAUUAAUGCCUCAUCUUCGCACCAAUCCUUUCAACAAAGCCUUGACAAUAGCUCUGAAAACACUGGAGAAACAAAAAAGAAUAUUUAAAAACUACUUUGUAACAUGUAACAAAGAAAAUUAAAAACAAUAUUUUUGACAAAUAAAUAUAUUAUUUUUUGCAAUUUGCA